AUGCCGCGCGAGUCCCCCUCGUCUUCAUCGCCUAACUCCGACCCUCCUCUUCAGUCUCUGCGCCGUCUGACAACCUCUACGCCUUCUCGCGCCCUAACGCCGAAGUUUCGACUGCCAAAGGGAUCGGACGCGGUCUCCUCGCCUUCUCAGCCUUCGGCUGAGUCGCGUUCGUCCUCCUUUCGUCCCGCCUUCGCGUCGUCUUCUGCAUCAUUAAGCUGCCGCAGUCGCCUUCCUCACUCACACUCUGCUUCGUCACUUUCCGCUUGUUCUCCUUCGCAACCACCUUCCUACGCGUCUCACGCUUCUCCGCCUUCUCGGCAGACGCAUGCGACGCCUUCCUCUUUGCGAGGAGAGUCGGUUCGCGCUAAUCAGCAUCAGGAUGCAGUGGGCGGCCUCCGCGCCCGAGGGCCGGCGCGAGCGGACGCUUCCCCAGCGGGCAGGGCGAGCCGCCUGGAGCCCAAUGGACGUAUCCGCGCGUUCGGAGGAGACGGGGAGGAUCCCAAAGCGGCUUCGUGUGAGUCGGCCGCUGCGGCGUCUGGGUCGCUGAAACGCGCGCGGGAAGACACUGACAGGACGGGUGUCAGCUCGGAAGACGACGAGCCCUGGAUUCAGCGGAAGCGGCAGCCUCUGCCUGGUUCGUCCCUCGCCGCCUCCGUCUCGUGCGUGUCUCCAGUCUUUGCGGCGUCGCCCGCUUUGUCGGACGCUCGUGUGGCCUCUGGCGUGGCUCCCUCGGUGUCGCCCUUCCACUCUUCUGUUGUUUUAGGAUUUGAGUCUUCGAAACCCGCGUCUGGAGCGUCAACGACCUCUCUGUCUUCCCGUCUUCUCUCUGCUCCUUCGCCUUCGACCUCUUGUUCAUCUCCCUUUAAAGGCGUUGCGAGAGGCGGGUCUGAGGGAAGAAGCGAGGCGGACUUCCAGCCGUCUGUCAAAAGUUUGAUUUUUGAGGUUUUCCGGUGCCCACUGGCGUCCUCGACGUCCCUUAUUUCCUGUCGUCCUCCGUGUCCAGGGCGGGAGGGCUCCCCCGCCUCUUCCGCUGACUCAACUCUGUCGUCAUCCGUCUUUGCUUCCCGCCCCCUUUCUGCGCUUGUCUGGCCUUGCCUUGCUUCGCUGAGAGCGCGCACGCGGCACAGCCGACUGCCUUCGCAGCCCUGCGGAAGCUGCUUCGCCUGCGCGAGGCGGCGGCUUCAGGCGCUGUGGUAUUCUGUAUCUCGGGGCUCGCCAGAGCCCAAAGACAAACACGCGCCCGACACGGGUCCGGCCUUCUCGAUGUGUUCCGCUCCCUCGAUGUCCUUUCCAGCGUCUGCGCGACGCGUGCUCACCUCUCAGUCUGACUCUGGUCCUCUGUUUGGUGUCGGCGCCUCAUGGGUCGCCCCGGCAAGCACGGACGGCGCUCCACAGAGAGCCGAGACAGAUCAGUUGGAGGCCUUCAUCUGGUGCGUGCUUCGGCUCAGCGCUGCGUGCGUCGCGGAGGCCCUCUCUGCGUCCUCCGCCCGCGGUCUCGCCGCUGCCGCCGCGGCGCCGCGCGUGCGCGGGUGUCUCUCAGUCCUUGUCUUGGCCUUCGCAGCUCUCGAUAGUCUUCUGUAUCUCCUUGGCCUCUUGCGUGUCUCGUCGGCGCCGGCUGGCGGGGGCUCCGCGACGCUCAACGAGGCCCGCGGCGCGCGAGAAGGCUGCGUAGGCCUCAACGGUAAUGGGCGUGUGUUCGCUCCCGGGGAUGGGGACGGGCGCCGCGCAGGAGAUCGCGGACGCGAGGACGGCGACAUCGAGUCAAGCCUCGCCGCUGAACGCCUCCGAGAGGCGCUUCGGCUGUUCGCCCUUGCGUCGCAGGUCCUUGCGCUUCUUAAUCGCGAGGAGCUCUUGUCCGCCCUCGCGGCGCCGACUCCGGCGGUCUCGCCCUCCAACGCGCGCGUUGUCCUGCGCGAGAUGAGCGUCAAACGCGAGGAACUGGUGCGCCUUGCUGUGGCGCUCUCUCGGGACAUGUUGGAGUUUUUUCUGUCGCGACUUUUCCGUUCUCUCGCGCCCUUCUGUCCGCCGGGCGAGCGACUCGCCGACGAAGCGGGAGAAGCGCGUGACCGCCGCGCCCAACGGCGCCUGCCGGAUGAGGCGUCUCGGCUGCUGAUGCCGCGCAGCACACACUCGCCGCUUUCGCACAUGGCGGUAGCCCCUCCGUUGCUUUUGAGCCAAUUCUCGGCCGUUACGCCGAGUUGCGCCGGUGCCGCGGAACAGUUACGACUGCCUGCAGGCGCCGUUAGCAUCCAGGCAGCGUUGCCGGCUUCGCUUCAGAGCUCUGCGUGUCCUGCGGACUGCAUCGCGUCCGCGCCGCUGUCCUCGUCGCAGCCGCCCACGCCCGAGGCCUGGUCUGCGUCGCCGGUGUCUGCCGGCGGAGCGCCUCCGCCUCCCGCUUCGAGCGCGCCUGCGGUGCGAGUCGCCUCCAUGGAGGGCCCUUGCUCGCUGUCCUCGGUCGCGGCUCCGCCGAUCUGCCCCCGUGCGGCUGCGGCCCUGCUGGCUUUCGACGGCGCGGAGCUCCGCAGGGGGGGGACGGGUCUGGCGCAGCUGUUGGACGCCGUCGCCCUGGCGUUUCGCUUGUGGCUCAGCUGUCUGGAGGCCUCCGGCGACUUCUUGACGACGCCGACAGCAGGCGAAGAAGCCGAAAACGCAGGCGAGCCCGGAGGCCCCGAAGACGACGACGGUGACGCGGCAGAUUCCGCAGACUCAGGCCAGGAGGGGGAGGCACUGCCCGCCAGAACGGCGAACCAAACACAGCGAAGGGACGGCGCGUGCCGACGGCUGCGGGUAGAGGGCGAGUGCAUGCGCGUGCAGCGCGAGCCUGACGAGGGCCCAGCCGACUUCGCAGCACCGUCCGCGGCUUCGACUGCGAGGCUGCCCUUUGCGGCCCGCGUGCUUCGCGAGCUUCCCUGGGAAGCGGCGUGCUGGGCGCUGGUCUUCGGCGCCGCGCUGAGCGAGCGGCAACACAAGCAGGACAAGGACAGCGACGCGUCCACAGCUCUCACCAGCGCCUCCCCACCUGGCGACUCUGGCUGUGCACGCCCGCCGGAGGGAGCGGCAGACACACACGGCGCAGGCGGAUCUCAAGACGCGCGAACGCCGCGCCCGCAGGCGCCGCCCUGCUCGCAGACGUCCUCCACGUCGAGCGGCGCGGGCCGGCGGCCGCCGAGUGCAGAGGACUUGGUGCUGGGGCUCCGCCGCCUCCUCGCUCGGGUGUCAAGGCCUCAGUCUGCUUCGUCGUCGAGUAGGUGA